UUUUUUAACGUGGUAUUAAAACGACGCCAUGCGUUUUAAUCAAAUAAUACAAAAAUGUGCGCCCUUACUGGGCUUGUUUACUGCUCCUUUAUUGUGAAACGCUCGGGCUCCGGUUGAUGACGUCGUUAAACUGCGCCUCAGACUUCGUAACUCUUCGUUGUUGUUAACGUUAAGAAACGGCAUUAAAGAAACCGCACUUUAAAUUGAGAGGUCAUCUGUCCAGAAUGGACUGUCAGUAUCCUGAAACCACAUUAAUAACCAAAAACAUGCACGUUAUACUACACUGUACACAAUAUAAAUGCUCUCACCAUGCUUCCGGAUUUUACUCAGUAGCCAAUCACUGAGUCACUGUUAAUGGUUAGUGUGAGGUCUGUGACUUCUGCUGCAUUAAAAUAAACUGUCAGCCCCUGAGGAACAGAUUGAAGCUGUUUAAUAAUCACGAUUAGUAAACGUGUCUGUCAAGCGUCAUUUUUGAUUUGGGUUCGCUAGAUUUCACGCAGGAUUUGGGAUUUGAGAGUUUGUAUUGAAUCAUGUUUCACCGGCCGGUGUUUAAAAACAGACGGACUCUCCUGGAGCGAGCAGAGAAGUUUAUAUCUGAUGUGUAUUUCACCGACUGCAAUCUCAGAGGAAGACUUUAUGGAGAAACCUGUGCGCUUGAGUCUCUCUCAGUGUUUCAGACUGAAAAACGUGUCCCAUAUUCAGAGGCAGUUCAGCAAAAGUUUCAGCCAUGCAAAGUUGGUGAUGCAUUUGGACCCACGUGGUGGACCUGCUGGUUCAAACUUGUCCUAAAAAUUCCAGAUGAGUGGAAAGGUAAGGAGGUUCAUUUGAGAUGGGAGAGUGAUGGAGAGGGAAUGGUAUGGCGAGACCAGGAACCAGUCCAGGGUUUGACCAAAGAAGGGGAAAAGACGAGUUACAUCCUGACUGAGUGUCUGAAACAGAAUGAACCCCACAGCAUGACUCUGUUUGUGGAAUUAGCUUGUAAUGGAUUGUUCGGGGCUGGAAUGGGUUCCAUGAUAGCUGCCCCAGACUUGAAAAGGAAGUACACUGUUCAUAAGGCUGAGCUUGUUGUUUUUAAUAAAGAUGUGCAGGAGCUUCUCAUUGACUUUGAGAUGCUUGUGGAUAUUGUUAAGGUGCUUGGUGAAGAAGACCAACGAGGAUAUCAAGCUUUAUUUACAGCAAAUGAGAUGGUAAAUCUGUGUGACCCUGCCAAUCCUAGCUCUUUUGCUGCAGCCCGUAACCUGGCCCAGACUUUCUUCAACCAGAAAAAUGGACAAAGCCAACACAUUGUGCAUGCCAUGGGCCACUGUCACAUUGACACAGCCUGGCUGUGGCCAUAUGAAGAGACCAUCAGAAAAUGUGCACGCAGCUGGGUUACAGCAGUCCGCUUGAUGGAGAAGAACCCAGAGUUUAUCUUUACUUGCUCGCAGGCCCAGCAGUUUCAGUGGGUAAAGAACUGGUAUCCAGGUCUAUACUCCAAGAUCCAGCACUUUGUGCAGAAAGGACAGUUUAUUCCAGUUGGAGGCACAUGGGUGGAGAUGGAUGGCAACUUGCCUUCUGGAGAGUCUAUGGUCAGGCAGUUUUUAGAAGGACAGAGCUUCUUUAAAGUGGAAUUUGGACAGUACUGCAAAGAGUUCUGGUUACCUGAUACAUUUGGCUACUCUGCGCAGCUCCCUCAGAUAAUGCAAGGAUGUGGUAUCUCCCGCUUUCUCACUCAGAAGUUGAGUUGGAAUCUUGUCAACACAUUUCCACACAACACAUUCUUUUGGGAGGGCAUUGAUGGAUCCCAAGUGUUGACUCAUUUCCCACCUGGCAAUUCCUAUGAGAUGAAGGGUAAAGUUGAAGACCUAAUCAACACCAUCAGGAAAAACAAAGACAAAGGGCGGGCCAAUCACAGCAUGGUGCUAUUUGGUUUUGGUGAUGGAGGUGGAGGACCUACCCAGGUCAUGCUAGACCGCUUGCAGCGUGUACAGGAUUCGGACGGCCUACCCAGGGUUCAAAUGUCCAGUCCAGAUCGUCUGUUCUCUGAACUUCAGGCUGACUCUGGCCUCCUGUGUACCUGGUCAGGUGAGCUCUUUCUUGAGCUACACAAUGGCACAUACACUACUCAGGCAAAGAUAAAGCUGGGGAAUCGUCAGUGUGAAACACUACUGCAUGAUAUUGAGGUGGCCAGCUGCCUGGCACUGUGUAAAAGCCCUGUUUUUUUAUACCCAGCAGAAGAGCUCCAAAAAGCGUGGAGGCUUCUGCUGCUCAAUCAGUUUCAUGAUGUCAUUCCUGGCAGUUGCAUUGAGAUGGUGGUAGAAGAUGCAGUAAAUUAUUAUAAGGAAAUCCAAGAGAAUGGCUCCAGACUCUUGCUUUCUGCCUGUGAUGUGCUAAGAUCUAGUCUCCAGUCUGGAACAGACUUCCGGAUAGCGGUUCUCAACACACUCUCUUGGGAGCGCACUGAAGUCAUAGAACUGCCAGAAGAGGGCACUCAGAGAAAGCUAGUCUUGGUGAAAGCCCCCAGUAUUGGAGUAGCUCCAGUCUCAGAGUCUGCUGAUAGUGUGUCUAUAGUGACUGUAACAGAACAGCCUGAUGGUACAGUCAGAAUGGAGAAUGGCAUUUUGAAGGCUGUAUUGGACAAAAUGGGCCGUUUGUUGUCCCUGCUUCAUGUACAGUCAAACAGGGAAGCCAUUUCCAGUGGUUGUUUUGGAAAUCAGUUCGUGGUGUUUGAUGAUGUUCCUCUUUACUGGGAUGCAUGGGAUGUAAUGGACUACCAUCUUCAAACCAGGAAGCCUGUAGAGGAUGUUGUACACCCUACUAAAGUGCUGAGCUCUGGAGGGCUGCGAGGAAGCGUGACCUUCUCCCUGUGCAUCAAUGGAAAGAGCACUAUCACACAGCAAGUCAUAUUGGAUGCCAAAUGUCCCUACAUGAAGUUCAGUACACAGGUGGAUUGGGCAGAGGCACAUAAGUUCCUCAAGGUGGAGUUUCCUGUACAGGUUCGCAGUUGCAAUGCCACCUACGAGAUUCAGUUUGGUCACCUGCAGAGACCUACACACAGAAACACAUCCUGGGACUGGGCUCGGUUUGAGGUAUGGGGCCAAAAAUGGGCUGAUCUCUCAGAGCAUGGCUUUGGCGUGGCUCUUCUGAAUGACUGCAAAUAUGGCUACUCUGUUCACAAGAAUAUCAUGACAUUAUCAUUACUGCGAGCACCGAAAGCGCCUGAUGCCAAUGCAGAUAUGGGACAUCAUCAGUUUACAUAUGCAAUCAUGCCACACAAAGGCUCUUUUCAGGAUGCAUCAGUCAUCCAACAUGCCUACAAUCUUAACUUCCCACUGCAUUUAAUUCAUGACGUCAAUUUAGUCAAACCUUGGAGUGCAUUCAGCAUAAACUCAAGAGCAGUCAUCCUGGAAAUUAUCAAACAGGCUGAGGGAAGGAAAAACGUUUUUGUUGUCCGCCUGUACGAGUCCCAUGGAAGCACCGUGGCUGCAGUUCUCUCGACCACCCUUCCAGUGCGAGAGGCUUGGCAUUGUGACUUGCUGGAGCGCCCUGGUAGCACUGUUGCAGUCACUGACAAUGAGAUAUCUCUCACCUUUAAACCGUUUCAGAUCAUCUCACUCCUGCUGCAGCUAUGCUGAGCUACACCUGUCAGCACUGGCCUUGACAUUUACAUAUUUGGUACAAAUUACAUGUUUCAUGAUUUUCUUGUAAGUUCUUAAAAGUUGAAUAAAGCAGGUAAAAUCA